CGGCGGCGGCGCGGACCGCGUGCUUCGGCGCUGCCUCACUCCGCGGCGGCAUCGCGGGGGCCGGGCGCGGCGGGCUCCGCUCGGCGGCACCAGCUCCACCGGCCUCGGGCUCCGCAGGGCGCCCCGCCCCGGGACCCCGCGCUCGGCUCGCUCUCGCUCUCUUUCUCCCCCCCCCCCCCCGCCCCGGUUUUUCCCCCGCCCCGCACCCCGGAGCAGCGGCAGCAUGACUUGUGGAGUUACGGCGAUGCCGGCUGGACGGAGCUGAACGGCCGCCCCCGGGCGGGGGAGCCGCGGCGGAGGCACCGCUCGCACUUCGCAUGUCCGCGGCGCCCGGGAAGUCGGAUGUGUACGGCCUUCUUCCCCCCUCCUCCUCUCCUCCAUGGCCGUCGUGCUCCGGCGUUAGUUCCUGGCUUUGCUUCCCCCUUCUUCUCGCAGCAGGAAUACCGCGGGAUCCUCCUUCCGCCGGGGCUGUUUUGUUCUCGGCCUCUCCGGGAGCGCUCCGAGGCCGGCGGGCAGCAGCGCACGUCGCGAUCGCCGUAGCGAGGCACGGCGCGGCUGGCUCCAGUGACCGCGCCCCAGCCCUGCCAUGUACCCCCAGGGCCGGCACCCGGCUCCGCACCAGCCGGGCCAGCCGGGCUUCAAAUUCACCGUAGCCGAGUCCUGCGACCGGAUCAAGGACGAGUUCCAGUUCCUGCAAGCCCAGUACCACAGCCUGAAAGUGGAGUAUGAUAAGCUGGCGAACGAGAAGACAGAAAUGCAGCGCCAUUACGUUAUGUACUAUGAAAUGUCGUAUGGUUUGAAUAUUGAAAUGCACAAACAGACAGAAAUUGCUAAAAGACUGAAUACGAUUUUAGCCCAGAUCAUGCCUUUUCUGUCACAAGAGCACCAACAGCAAGUCGCACAGGCUGUUGAGCGUGCCAAGCAAGUGACAAUGACGGAGUUGAAUGCUAUCAUCGGGGUACGUGGACUUCCCAAUCUGCCUCUCACCCAGCAGCAGCUCCAGGCCCAGCACCUCUCCCACGCCGCCCACGGGCCCCCGGUCCAGCUGCCGCCGCACCCCUCGGGCCUCCAGCCGCCGGGCAUCCCGCCCGUCACCGGCAGCAGCUCGGGGCUGCUGGCUCUCGGCGCCCUGGGGAGCCAGGCACACCUCGCCGUCAAGGACGAGAAAAACCAUCACGACCUGGACCACAGAGAGCGAGACUCAAGUGCAAAUAAUUCUGUUUCGCCCUCGGAAAGCCUGAGAGCCAGCGAGAAGCACCGGAGCUCCACAGACUACAGCAUCGACUCCAAGAAGCGGAAAGCGGAGGAGAAGGACAGCAUGAGCCGAUAUGACAGCGAUGGUGACAAGAGCGAUGACCUGGUGGUCGACGUCUCCAACGAGGACCCCGCCACCCCCCGGGUCAGCCCAGCCCACUCCCCCCCGGAGAACGGCAUAGACAAAGCCCGCGGGCUGAAGAAGGGGGACGCGCCAAACAGCCCGGCCUCGGUCGCCUCCUCCAGCAGCACUCCCUCCUCCAAGACUAAAGACCUGGGCCACGUACGUCCUUCGCUCUGCCGGGGGGGUCGGGCCCCGCCGGUGCUCACUGGGUCUGGGGGCUUGUGGAGCAGGGGCUGCGGGUGCCGGCGGUUGAACCUCAUCCAUUCAUUCUUUCAUCCCUUCUCCAUCCAGAACGACAAAUCGUCGACGCCCGGGCUCAAGUCAAACACUCCGACGCCGAGGAAUGACGCUCCGACCCCGGGGACGAGCAGCACCCCGGGGCUGCGGCCGAUGCCCGGCAAGCCAACCGGCAUGGACCCCCUGGCCUCGGCCCUGCGGACGCCCAUCUCCAUCGCGGGCUCCUACGCGGCUCCCUUCGCCAUGAUGGGGCACCACGAGAUGAACGGCUCGCUCACCAGCCCCGGCGCCUACGCGGGGCUCCACAACAUCCCCCCGCAGAUGAGCGCCGCUGCCGCCGCCGCCGCCGCCUACGGCCGGUCGCCAAUGGUUGGUUUCGACCCGCACCCGCCCAUGAGAGCCCCCGGCCUGCCCUCGAGCCUGGCGUCCAUCCCCGGAGGGAAGCCAGCCUACUCCUUCCACGUGAGCGCCGACGGGCAGAUGCAGCCGGUCCCCUUUCCCCACGACGCCCUGGCGGGUCCCGGCAUCCCGCGGCACGCCCGGCAGAUCAACACGCUGAGCCAUGGGGAGGUGGUGUGCGCCGUCACCAUCAGCAACCCCACCAGGCACGUCUACACCGGGGGCAAGGGGUGCGUGAAGAUCUGGGAUAUCAGCCAGCCGGGCAGCAAGAGCCCCAUCUCCCAGCUGGACUGCCUGAACAGAGAUAACUACAUCCGCUCCUGCAAACUCCUUCCCGACGGCCGCACGCUGAUCGUGGGAGGGGAGGCGAGCACGCUCACCAUCUGGGACCUGGCUUCCCCCACGCCGCGCAUCAAGGCCGAGCUGACCUCCUCCGCCCCCGCCUGCUACGCCCUGGCCAUCAGCCCCGACGCCAAAGUCUGCUUCUCCUGCUGCAGCGACGGCAACAUCGCCGUCUGGGACCUGCACAACCAGACGCUCGUCAGGCAAUUCCAAGGCCACACAGACGGUGCCAGCUGCAUAGAUAUCUCGCACGACGGUACGAAGUUGUGGACGGGGGGUCUGGAUAACACCGUGCGCUCCUGGGACCUGCGGGAAGGGCGGCAGCUCCAGCAGCACGACUUUACCUCCCAGAUCUUCUCGCUGGGGUACUGCCCGACGGGCGAGUGGCUCGCGGUGGGCAUGGAGAGCAGCAACGUGGAAGUGCUGCACCACACGAAGCCCGACAAGUACCAGCUGCACCUCCACGAGAGCUGCGUCCUCUCCCUCAAGUUCGCCUACUGCGGUAAAUGGUUUGUGAGUACUGGAAAAGACAACCUGCUCAACGCCUGGAGGACGCCCUACGGAGCGAGCAUCUUCCAGUCCAAGGAAUCCUCGUCCGUCUUGAGUUGCGACAUUUCAGCGGAUGACAAGUACAUCGUCACGGGCUCUGGUGACAAGAAGGCCACAGUCUAUGAGGUCAUCUACUAACCGCGGAUUUUAUGGCAGGGCUGGCAACUCCCAGCACCGGCAGUGGCAGGACUCGGGUGGCCGGCGUGGAGCAGCCGGGGGCUCGGGGGGGCUGCCGCGGGGUGGCCCCCAGGGCUCGGCCACGGACCGGCACGCUCCGGCGGGGCUCUGCCUCAAGGGCCCGGCGUACAACACACACGGAUUUAUUUGGAGGUCUGCAAAUAUGGCACACAUUGAAGCCCUAAACGAAUUUUUGUUUGGUUUUAGGGUUUUGGGUUUUAUUUUGGAUUUUUUUUUUUUUUUUGGUUUUCUGGUUCUUUCCGUCUACGCUUUGGUGGCACUAUAAAGGACUUAUUUUUUAUUGUGACUUUUUUUUUUUGUGCAUCCUGCAUAAGACUUGUGAAAAAUGUAAAUAACGGACUAGUAAAUAGCAUUGGAAGGGUGGGGGACCCCUCCCGGUACACUAGUUGUGUAUUUUUCGUCUGCUGUAAUUGUAUUCCACUGAUGGUUUUGGUGGUGGCAAUUUUUUUUUUUUUUUUUUUUUUUUGUUCCUUACCCCCCCCCCCCAAAGCGUCCGCUGGGACGUGACUUUGCCGUGCAGCGCGUAACCAGGCUGAGCAAAGAUGUCCACUGGUGAAAGUUGUUCCUACUGUCGUACCCGUGCAUUGUUCGGUGUGUUAGUGAUGGUGGGACGCUGCUGGGACCGCGGGGGACUCGGUCGGAUCCUCAGCUACUGACGGGACAUCAGCAACACAAUCACCUUUUUUUAUAUAUGGAUUUUUUUUUUUUUUUUGUGCUCGUAUGUUUGAAGAAAAGGGGAAGCCCACGCUGCGGGAUCGUCUGCGCAAGCCCUUCUUGGUCUUCGGACAGAAGCAAUGAGGAGUGAUUUCAAAGAAAGCAUAGUAAAUUCAGCUCAGGGAGCCACGAAAGAUAAUAGCAACUUAUGUGUUUUGUAUUCAAAUGAAAGUAAAGAAUUAGAAUUGAUAACCUUUAAAAUACAGUUUUUUUAAAAGCAAAGUUUACUAACAAGUAGGGUUUGUGUGUGGUGGGGGGAAGGGGCUGGCUUUGGUAGGGUCCUGUGGGCUAUAUGGUCUUGUGUCUUCUGGUAUAUAGGUUCCGAUGAAGCAAACCCCUCCCCGCACAGGCCUGCGUUUCAGCGUUUUGUACUAAAGGGUUAAAAAAAAAAAAAAAGACAUAAUGGGAAAUAAAAGUAUUUGUGUAGCAGAAGCGCUCACCCUGUAUUGUAGCAUAUGGGAGAGAAUUUUUAUACGACAUUUUUAUGGAUUAUUUUUUAAGUUCUGAUUUUAAUCUGGUCAAAAAUAAUAACAAUUAAUAAUGCUUAGGGUUCAGGUGAGAACUGCCUGGUUUACAGAGGUGGAUAGUACAGACGGGGGAGAGAAGGGUGGAGCGGAGGCGGUUGGUACCCGGCUGUUCUGGGGCGCGUGGUCGGCAUCGCAUCCCUCCGAGCGGCCGCGCUGGGGCGAGGAGAGACGAAUUGGGGCUUUGAAGGAGAUCUCAUGGGCAAUGAUUUAAUUUUUUUCCCAUCAAAGUAAGAGAGUUUUUGAGAUUUUUGCCCUUUUCUGUUCAAAAGAGAAAUAAGGGGAAUGGGCCGGGCAAGCGGUGUCCGCCCUGCGUGGCUUCGCUGCGUGCCCAGGAGCUGGGACCGACCUCGUGCGCUAAUGACCCAGCGACGGCAGAAGCAGCGAGCUCUGUGGUUUGGCUCAGAAAAAGGACUGUGACUGUGCCCCCGGUGCCACCGGGCCCGCGCCGGGGCCUGCUCCGGGGUUCAGCGCUGCCCCGGGUGCGUUUUGGGGUUUGGAUCCAGGUGCGGAUCUGUGCGGGGGCAGCUCUGCCCCUUCCCCCUGCACCCCAAGACCUGGGCGCAGCGUCUGACCCCGCGGCGCUUGGAGCAUCCCCCCCUUUGCGUUGAUGGGGGGUGCGUUGGAAAGGGCUGGGGGGCUUUGAACUGACCCCCAGGGUAAGGCCACCUCCAACUCACGUCCUGCGUGGUUGGUGCUUUGUUUUCCUCCAAAAAAAAAAAAACCAACAACCAAACUCCAAGAAAAUAAACCAAAAUAACUGCAUGUACCGGAGCUGGUGGAGGGUUACUGAGUCAGACGUCUCAACUUUACACCAAAGUAUAUAGCAGAAUAUGUACAGCUGUUAAUAACUACAACUGGUUUUUGUAAAAAAGGGAGAAAAAAAAAAAAGAAAAAAAGCAAAAAGAAUAAAAGGUAACUGUAACGAAGCUCAAAUGAAAGCAAAGUGUCUAUAAACCAUUUGCUCUCUGA